GCAAAGUUCCGAGCCGCUCUUUUCUGUGUCCAGGAACUGAAUUAUCAAACUGGUGAUCGUGGAGUUAUUGGCUCGCUGUAUUUGUCAUUUCUUUUCUCUGUUUUCAGUCUUUAUUUUUAAAAAUCCAGGAGAAGCAGAAGCGAGCCCGGAGUUUGAGGUGCUCAGCAGUAGUGGGGUGAGUCAGCGGGUGCAAAGGACUGGGUCUUGGUCUUUGGAGACUGUCCCCUGUCCUCCUGCAGAGAAGCAGCCGGCCCUGCGAGGACUGAAGGUCCGCUUCUCCUGGCGCCAGGGCCUCUGUAGCCGCGCAGCAGCUGAAUUCAGAUAAACGAAACUCCAGGGCCACUUCGGUCUCAGCAAAUAUUCCAGACCCAUGUCACCUAGCCAGAACUCCUAGAAACUGGAGCUAGCGGUAUCCCAUAGAUGGGCGGCCAAGUUGAGAGUCACUGCCGGUCAGCUGCAGCGCCCAUUCGCCCAGCGUCCCUGCCUUGAGCUUCGAAGGCUGAGCCACACUAGCUACCAUUUCAGCAAAGACUAGUCACAGACUCGUGAAUUUCUAAUUGCGUGGAUGAACAGGAUGGAUCAGAGUGCACAGAGAAGCGGAUUUUUGUAAUUUCUGGUUGCUUUCGAAGCAUGUCCUUUUAAACUUUGGGAAGGUGUCCCCAGAAGCCCAGAGCGCCCUUGGCCAUGUCUUCUUUAAUGCUCUGUGCCUUAACGCGGCCCUCUGAGGGUUCCCAGAGCUGCUCUCGGUGGUUUACAACAGGUGUGUUCUCUCCCUCCCCCAGCCCAACCCAGCCUGCAGGAUUCCCCCAAGCGGAGAUUUUUUGACUUGGUUUCCUCACGCCCACGCUUCCGCCCUCCACCAGAGGGUGGCCUUCCAAAGCCCGACCUUGCCCCUUCCCUUGGGACCAUGGUGCUUCUCUCUGAAAAUGCUUCCGAAGGCUCCAACUGCACCCACCCGCCAGUACAGGUGAACAUUUCUAAGGCCAUUCUGCUUGGGGUGAUCUUGGGGGGCCUCAUCAUUUUCGGGGUCCUGGGGAACAUUUUAGUGAUCCUCUCGGUGGCCUGUCAUCGGCAUCUGCACUCUGUGACUCACUACUACAUUGUCAACCUGGCUGUGGCAGACCUUCUCCUCACCUCCACCGUUUUGCCCUUCUCUGCCAUCUUUGAGAUCCUGGGCUACUGGGCCUUUGGCAGGGUGUUCUGCAACAUCUGGGCGGCGGUGGACGUCUUAUGCUGCACAGCGUCCAUCAUGGGCCUCUGCAUCAUCUCCAUCGACAGAUACAUUGGUGUGAGCUACCCGCUGCGCUACCCCACCAUUGUCACCCAGAGGAGGGGCGUCAGGGCUCUGCUCUGCGUCUGGGCGCUUUCCUUGGUCAUCUCCAUCGGACCCCUGUUCGGCUGGAGGCAGCAGGCUCCAGAGGAUGAGACCAUCUGCCAAAUCAAUGAGGAGCCGGGAUACGUGCUGUUCUCAGCGCUGGGCUCGUUCUACGUGCCACUGGCCAUCAUCCUGGUUAUGUACUGUCGAGUCUACGUGGUAGCCAAGAGAGAAAGCCGCGGCCUCAAAUCGGGCCUCAAGACCGACAAGUCAGACUCGGAGCAAGUGACGCUCCGUAUCCACCGUAAAAAUGUCCCUGCAGAAGGCGGCGGAGUAAGCAGUGCCAAGAAUAAGACUCACUUCUCCGUGAGGCUGCUCAAGUUUUCCCGAGAGAAGAAAGCCGCCAAGACGCUGGGCAUUGUGGUGGGAUGCUUCGUCCUCUGCUGGCUGCCUUUCUUCCUCGUGAUGCCCAUUGGGUCCUUCUUCCCGAAUUUCAAACCGCCGGAAACCGUUUUCAAAAUAGUAUUUUGGCUCGGAUACCUAAAUAGUUGCAUCAACCCUAUCAUAUACCCAUGCUCCAGCCAGGAGUUCAAGAAAGCCUUUCAGAAUGUGCUGCGAAUCCAGUGUCUUCGCAGAAGGCAGUCUUCCAAGCAUGCCCUGGGCUACACCCUGCACCCACCCAGCCAGGCUCUAGAGGGACAUCACAGAGACAUGGUGCGCAUCCCGGUGGGCUCAGGAGAGACUUUCUAUAAGAUCUCCAAGACAGAUGGAGUCUGUGAAUGGAAGUUUUUCUCUUCCAUGCCCCAGGGAUCGGCCAGGAUUACCGUGCCGAAGGACCAAUCCGCCUGUACCACAGCCCGGGUGAGAAGUAAAAGCUUUUUGCAGGUCUGCUGCUGUGUGGGGUCGUCGACCCCACGCCCUGAAGAAAAUCACCAAGUUCCAACCAUUAAGAUCCACACCAUCUCCCUCGGUGAAAACGGGGAGGAAGUCUAGAGAAUGGGAAAGGUCACAGGAAAAGGGAUGACACUAGGGCUUUUAUCCAUGAAACCACCUGUGCGACAGACAGACCCAGUUGGAACACUUCACCAGCUCUGGGCCUCCAAACUGAUGCUGAGGAGCUGGCCUGAGGCCACAUCUUCCAAAAGCCAUGGCAACAGUGGCCUCUGGCCCUCCAAGUUCCCUGCAGGAUGAAGGAGCGGACUUGACUGUUGGGGGUUUGGGCUGGGAAGCAAGCUAGGAUUUCAGCAUGCAAUGCUGGCCGCCGGGCAAAGGUGGCAUUGGCAGGAUCCCCUUCAUGUUUCCCAGGCCCUAUGGCAUACGAGUGAGCUGAGGAAGGGGCUUACUUGCUCUCUGCAGGAGAAGGUCACGGUUCAAACCACCACUGUCCAACUUGCAAAGGCCGCAGCAGUGGCAGGGACCAUGGAGGGGGAAAAUUGACCAGAGCUGUGGCUCAAAGCAGGGAGGUUUAGUCACGAUUUCCCAUGGCUGAUAAGUAAGGAACUGCCCUGAAACUGGAGGUUUAUUCAUUUCAGAGGGGGAAAUAAUGGCCUUUUCUUUCAUGUGGCUUAUGAGUUCUUGCCACGCUGUCCCUGUAGCACACUCAGAGCCAUCUCACUAUAAGCUGGAGGUGAUGGUUUGUUAAACCAUGAAAAUACAGACUUAGGUGAUAAAAAAUCUUAGCACAACUUAGCACUGCAUUUAAAGAAAAGAAUAUGAUGAUGAUCAUCCUGGUCUAUGAAACAGGCUGAAUAAAAUAAGUCUAUGUGAACAUCAUAGGGAAUUAAGACAGAAAUUGCCAUAUGAAUUUAAUUUACUGUGCAUCAUCAUAUACUUAUCAAAUCUUUCUUGGCUCAUUCCUGUGUGGGAGAAGGAAAUGGAAGGAGUUUUUGUUUUUGUUUUUGUUUUCUUUUUUAAAUCUACUUUUGGUAUGUGAAGAAAUAGAAGUUAUGAGUCAAGGACUUCUUUGAACACCCUCAUAUUUAAUCUGGCUCAGUGAUGCUUCCAUGUGCCCCAGUGUAUUUUGAUUCACCGACUUGCGUGGUGAACUGCUUCAGUUUAACUCCAGAUCUGUCUGGACCUUCUCCCCUCUCAUCCUGGCCAACCACUGGGAAGAACUUGAGUCCAUGGCCACCCGUUCUUGUUUUCUUGGCUAACAGACAGGCAAAUGUCAUUUUGUUCUGUCUCCAUAGAUAAGCUGCUACAAAGCCAGGGGAGAGUCAGGGCAAGAGUUGAUUUGCUCAAUAGUGUGACAUGUAAGGACAAAGCCAACAGUGACUGUCACCCUAAGGUCCUUAGGAACACAAAGGCCCCAAAGGGAACCUGUGGGCCACUGGGUACAUUCUAACCAGCAGCCCUAGAUGGUCCCUCUUCAUUGUACCACCCUGGGAUGAAACCAAAGAGGGUAAUGACAGUCCCCAGAGUAUGAACUGGCAGGGUUCUGCAUUUGUCUGUUCAGAAGUCAAGAAUGUGUUUUUCCAAGAGGCAUGGUUACAAAUGGGGGUGGGGCUAUUCCUAAAGAAGCCAAAAGUAAAUAACUAAACACCCGUGUUAUGUAUACCAAGAGUUGGCCUGCUGUUUCCAUGAAUGGGAAACAUUUUAGGCAUGAUGAGCUGUAUGGUCUCUUUUUUGGCUCUUUGGCAGGAGGCCAUGGGCAGUCCUUUAAAAAUAUAGCCCCACUGAUAGCUCAAAGGACAGGUAUAUCCUGUGGGCCACAAUUUUUCAUCCCUGACCCAAACCACCACCAGUUUAUGUUAUAGAGCCAAUACUACUGACCUAUGACUGCCUGUGAUCCACAGGCUUUUCACAGUAGGUCACUAAUCUACCCACUAGACUAAAUCGAUGUUCCCAACUUUUGUGAGCUGUUACAAAAAGCAGAGGGCAUUGAGGAUUGCCCGGCAGGUGAGAGUAGCAGAGGGAAGCUCCUGCCACUUCCCCAUUGAGCCCUGUGGCAUAGGCAGGUCAGCAGAAGGCACGGUGAGGCCAGGAAUCUUCCAGGCUUAGUAGAUAAUUUCCCCCAUGACAUCUAUCCAAACCCAACCCUAACCCCAACCCCAAUUCCGACCCCAACCCUAACCCCAACCCCAACCCUAAGCCUAACCUAACCCUACCCUUGAGCUGCAGCUUGGAAUGGUUUCUGAAGAACUUCUGCUCAACCUCUCAUGCUCUGGACAUCUUUCCCAUGCUCUCUAAGUCAGCUUUGCUUCUCCAUCAUGGUUUUCUCUCUCUCUCUCUCUCUCUCUCUCUCUCUCUCUCUCUCUCUCUCUCUCUCUAUCUCUCAAACUUUCCCUCUUAAGAGUUCCUUAAAAUCUUUCUAGGCCUUGAUGAACCCACAAAUUAAACUCAGUUCCCCCUUUACCUUGAGCAAUGACUAAUCCAUUGGGUGACAAAUCCCAGGCUAAUGAUCCACAGGGCUGCUGUUUCCUCCAAGGCUCUAUUCCUUGUUCCUCCCAACACACAUCGUCCUGUGUGCCCCUGGAAUUUGGGAUUGCCCUUUUCAUGGUCCCUGUCAUUGAACUUGAUGGAAAACUUCGGGUCUGAAGAAUCUUCCCCAGCAUGGGGGUUCCAGAUUUUGCUGGGAGAUUCAGCCUUUAUCUCCCCGUGUUCAUUUAUCCAGGUGCAUUUUUACACAGUUCUGCAGGCUUGCCCAGCUUCAACAGCAUUCACUGUUUUCCUCACAGUGCUGGAUGCUAGAAGUCCAAAAUCAAGGCGUUGGGUGGUUGUUUCCUCUUCACCGCAUCUUGACUUCCCCCUGAAUUGUCACGUGGUCUUCUCUCUAUGUGCACACAAAUCCCUGUGGGAAUGUCUACUUCUUACAAAGACAAUGGUCACAUUGCAUUAAGAUCUGUCCCCCACAACCUCACUGCCCUUUAAUUGCCUCUUUAAAGACUAUCUCCAAAUACAGUCACAUUGUGAGGAGACAUGACUUCACACUGAAGUGAGAAUUUAGCAGGCAUCCAGUUCAACUCACAGAUCCCAUACCCUUUCUUUUAUGUUCUCGUGCCAAAAAUAAAAUAAAUAAAUAAAUAAAUAAAUUUAAAAAUCCCUAAUCCUUCACCAAGAUCGGAGGUUUAAAUUCAGCCCUUUCUGUUUAUCCUCCACUCCCAGAAAGUUUUAUGCUAAUUGUCUACAAAAUGUAUUUAGCAGGUAAUUAUGCACUUGUUGUAUCCUUCUCAAUGUGUCUUAAAACUCUUAAUACUUAGAGAAUUUUGAGAGGUACCUCAUAAACACUGAUCUUAAAUGUGUUUUAACAGAAGCUCUGAAGGACAGGGACAGUCACUCAGGACACCCCUGAGGGAGGAAAGUCCCUUCACACCCAGCCAGGCAGGAGGGAGAGGAGAAGUGGCUGGGAGAACAAAUCACUGAGAACUUGGAAGGGCCAGGGUAAUGGUUGGAGAGUUGGAGUUUUAGAAAUCUAAUAACUGUAUUCACUAGCUGUGGGGGAAUCCCAAGCUGGCGCAUGGUCCUGGGUCAGGUGGGCAUGUGACCUCCACGGGAAACCUCAGCACCCAGAAAAGCAGAGCCCCAGCACUCAGUGGGCCAGACCCUUGACUACACAGUUGGAGUGAGGCAGAAGGUGGGAUUAAAGACCAACGGCAGCCUGCGUCCUGAGAACGGGGUCAGUAGGUUCCCCUGGGAACAAGUGAUCACGCCAGAUCCCGUCUACCAGACCGUAGGUCAUGAUGGCCACUCCUGGUGAGAGGAAUUUCGCAUCAGACCCCUGAGGAUUCCUUCAUUACUUCCCACACCUCCCAGGAUGCCAUAGUGAUGUGCUUGGUCUUUCUUUGGGACCACUGAGCACCUUGCCCUGUCUACAUUACUUCUCAUGAACUUCUACUUCUGUUUCAUCAUCCACCCAGCCCUUGUGGUAGACAGAUUUACUGUCCCCACAGUCUCACUGUGACAAUGUCUUCUCUGCCCUGCCUCCUGUUGAGAAGUAAAGAUCCCGCAUCCCCAUUAGGACGCCCCUGCUGAUCCACAGCCUGGUAUGCUCCAAUCUGCUUUCCUUACACUGAGCCGUGCUUUGGUUUUCCUGCCGUUAUCCCUACCCCAGAACCUCUUAGGCAGGAAAUAUCUCUGGUCUCACGAUCUCCAUCACAUUGCAAUGCCUUGUCUAGAGUGUCACGACAUCUUUAGCAUUCGUCCAAUCUAGAGAUGAGGAAAAGAAAAUGCAUUGUGGGAUCAAAACCUACAGAAGUGUUCAGAGGCAGAAGCCAUCCCAAAACAGGUCUGAAUGUGUGGGUCUCUGUCUUGAUGGAUCCACUAAAGAUAUCUGGGUGGUUGUUGUUGUUGUUGUUGUUGUUGUUGUUGUUGUUGUUUUCUCUUCUCUGACCAAAUCUGAGUAUGGGUUAAUGACUUCUCGACACAUGCAGUGUCUCCCCUACCUAGUCCCUGUGUCAUACCACAAGUGACAGUGGUUGUAAAAAGCAGAGGCACGGGCAUGUUAACGAAUAGUAAGCCCAUGUGCAGAAACUUUCUACUAUAGAAGAGGUGCUCAAAUUCCAGCUGAUAAGGGCUGGAGAGAUGGCUCAGCAGUUAAGAGCAACGACUGCUCUUCCAGAG